AUGAUGGAGGCAGAGCCAGAGCAAGAGCCAGAGCAGGAGCCAGAGCAGGAGCCAGAGCAAGAGCCAGAGCAGGAGCCAGAGCAGGAGCCAGAGCAGGAGCGAGAGCAGGAGUCAGAGCAGGAGCCAGAGCAAGAGCCAGAGCAGGAGUCAGAGCAGGAGCCAGAGCAAGAGCCAGAGCAGGAGCCAGAGCAGGAGCCAGAGCAGGAGUCAGAGCAGAAGUCAGAGCAGGAGCCAGAGCAGGACCCAGAGCAAGAGCCAGAGCAGGAGCCAGAGCAGGAGCCAGAGCAGGAGUCAGAGCAGGAGCCAGAGCAGGAGUCAGAGCAGAAGUCAGAGCAGGAGCCAGAGCAGGAGCCAGAGCAAGAGCCAGAACAGGAGCCAGAGCAGGAGCCAGAGCAAGAGCCAGAGCAGGAGCCAGAGCAGGAGCCAGAGCAGGAGUCAGAGCAGGAGCCAGAGCAAGAGCCAGAGCAGGAGUCAGAGCAGGAGCCAGAGCAAGAGCCAGAGCAGGAGCCAGAGCAGGAGUCAGAGCAGGAGCCAGAGCAGGAGCCAGAACAGGUGUCAGAGCAGGAGCCAGAGCAGGAGCCAGAGCAAGAGCCAGAGCAGGAGUCAGAGCAGGAGCCAGAGCAAGAGCCAGAGCAGGAGCCAGAGCAGGAGCCAGAGCAGGAGUCAGAGCAAGAGCCAGAGCAGGAGUCAGAGCAGGAGUCAGAGCAGGAGUCAGAGCAGGAGCCAGAGCAGGAGCCAGAGCAAGAGCCAGAGCAGGAGCCAGAGCAGGAGCCAGAGCAGGAGUCAGAGCAGGAGCCAGAGCAGGAGUCAGAGCAGGAGCCAGAGCAGGAGCCAGAGCAAGAGCCAGAGCAGGAGCCAGAGCAGGAGUCAGAGCAGGAGCCAGAGCAGGAGUCAGAGCAGAAGCCAGAGCAGGAGCCAGAGCAAGAGCCAGAGCAAGAGCCAGAGCAGGAGUCAGAGCAGGAGUCAGAGCAGGAGUCAGAGCAGGAGCCAGAGCAGGAGCCAGAGCAGAAGUCAGAGCAGGAGCCAGAGCAGGAGCCAGAGCAGAAGUCAGAGCAGGAGCCAGAGCAGGAGCCAGAGCAAGAGCCAGAGCAGGAGUCAGAGCAGGAGCCAGAGCAGGAGUCAGAGCAGGAGCCAGAGCAGGAGCCAGAGCAGGAGCCAGAGCAGGAGUCAGAGCAGGAGCCAGAGCAGGAGUCAGAGCAGAAGCCAGAGCAGGAGUCAGAGCAAGAGCCAGAGCAAGAGCCAGAGCAGGAGUCAGAGCAGGAGUCAGAGCAGGAGUCAGAGCAGGAGCCAGAGCAGGAGCCAGAGCAGAAGUCAGAGCAGGAGCCAGAGCAGGAGCCAGAGCAGAAGUCAGAGCAGGAGCCAGAGCAAGAGCCAGAGCAGGAGUCAGAGCAGGAGCCAGAGCAAGAGCCAGAGCAGGAGCCAGAGCAGGAGCCAGAGCAGGAGUCAGAGCAGGAGCCAGAGCAGGAGCCAGAGCAGAAGUCAGAGCAGGAGCCAGAACAGGAGCCAGAGCAAGAGCCAGAGCAGGAGUCAGAGCAGGAGCCAGAGCAAGAGCCAGAGCAGGAGCCAGAGCAGGAGCCAGAGCAGGAGCCAGAGCAGGAGUCAGAGCAAGAGCCAGAGCAGGAGUCAGAGCAGGAGCCAGAGCAGGAGUCAGAGAAGGAGCCAGAGCAGGAGCCAGAGCAAGAGCCAGAGCAGGAGCCAGAGCAGGAGCCAGAGCAGGAGUCAGAGCAGGAGCCAGAGCAGGAGUCAGAGCAGGAGCCAGAGCAGGAGCCAGAGCAAGAGCCAGAGCAGGAGCCAGAGCAGGAGACAGAGCAGGAGUCAGAGCAGGAGCCAGAGCAAGAGCCAGAGCAGAAGUCAGAGCAGGAGCCAGAGCAGGAGCCAGAGCAGAAGUCAGAGCAGGAGCCAGAGCAGGAGCCAGAGCAAGAGCCAGAGCAGGAGUCAGAGCAGGAGCCAGAGCAGGAGUCAGAGCAGGAGCCAGAGCAGGAGCCAGAGCAAGAGCCAGAGCAGGAGCCAGAGCAGGAGUCAGAGCAGGAGCCAGAGCAGGAGUCAGAGCAGAAGCCAGAGCAGGAGUCAGAGCAAGAGCCAGAGCAAGAGCCAGAGCAGGAGUCAGAGCAGGAGUCAGAGCAGGAGUCAGAGCAGGAGCCAGAGCAGGAGCCAGAGCAGAAGUCAGAGCAGGAGCCAGAGCAGGAGCCAGAGCAGAAGUCAGAGCAGGAGCCAGAGCAGGAGUCAGAGCAAGAGCCAGAGCAGGAGUCAGAGCAGGAGCCAGAGCAAGAGCCAGAGCAGGAGCCAGAGCAGGAGUCAGAGCAAGAGCCAGAGCAGGAGUCAGAGCAGGAGCCAGAGCAAGAGCCAGAGCAGGAGCCAGAGCAGGAGCCAGAGCAGGAGUCAGAGCAAGAGCCAGAGCAGGAGUCAGAGCAGGAGCCAGAGCAGGAGUCAGAGCAGGAGUCAGAGCAGGAGCCAGAGCAGGAGCCAGAGCAGAAGUCAGAGCAGGAGCCAGAGCAGGAGUCAGAGCAAGAGCCAGAGCAGGAGUCAGAGCAGGAGCCAGAGCAAGAGCCAGAGCAGGAGCCAGAGCAGGAGUCAGAGCAGGAGUCAGAGCAAGAGCCAGAGCAGGAGUCAGAGCAGGAGCCAGAGCAGGAGUCAGAGCAGGAGCCAGAGCAAGAGCCAGAGCAGGAGUCAGAGCAGGAGACAGAGCAGGAGCCAGAGCAAGAGCAGGAGUCAGAGCAGGAGCCAGAGCAGGAGUCAGAGCAGGAGCCAGAGCAAGAGCAAGAGCAGGAGUCAGAGCAGGAGCCAGAGCAGGAGUCAGAGCAGAAGCCAGAGCAAGAGCAAGAGCAGGAGUCAGAGCAGGAGCCAGAGCAGGAGUCAGAGCAGGAGCCAGAGCAAGAGCCAGAGCAGGAGUCAGAGCAGGAGUCAGAGCAGGAGCCAGAGCAAGAGCAGGAGUCAGAGCAGGAGCCAGAGCAGGAGUCAGAGCAGGAGCCAGAGCAAGAGCAAGAGCAGGAGUCAGAGCAGGAGCCAGAGCAGGAGUCAGAGCAGAAGCCAGAGCAAGAGCAAGAGCAGGAGUCAGAGCAGGAGCCAGAGCAGGAGUCAGAGCAGGAGCCAGAGCAAGAGCCAGAGCAGGAGUCAGAGCAGGAGUCAGAGCAGGAGCCAGAGCAGGAGCCAGAGCAGGAGCCAGAGCAGGAGUCAGAGCAGGAGCCAGAGCAGGAGCCAGAGCAAGAGCAAGAGCAGGAGCCAGAGCAGGAGCCAGAGCAAGAGCAAGAGCAGGAGUCAGAGCAGGAGCCAGAGCAGGAGCCAGAGCAGGAGCCAGAGCAGGAGCCAGAGCAGGAGCCAGAGCAGGAGCAGGUGGAGGUGCUGGGGAGGCGGUGUGAGUGA